AUGGACAGUUCUGUUCAGAGGCACAGGUUGAAAAGCUGCCCAGAAAAUCGUGUCAAUAUUGAAAGAGAAAGCCUUGGACAGGAACACAGUGUGGGCCACAGCAAAGAUGCAAAGCAGGUGCAGCUAUUCAGGGAUGAGGAGGGAUUGGUUAUGUCUGCCUCCUUAUCUUUGUCCCUCUCUGCCUUGUUCCCACACAGCCUAGAGCAGGUGUCUGCUGCUGAGACACCAAGUCCUCCCCAGAGCCCUCCGGUUCCUGACGCCGUGCCUGCUAUGGCGGCCGCUACAUGGAGCCAAUCUGAAGAUGAGGGCAUCAGCAGCCAAGAUGAACAGGAGACAAACAGCACAGAGGACUCUGAAGAUUCUGAGUCAUCACUCCACGAUGCCCUGUAUUUGAAAAUGACUGAACUGGUGUUUUUUCUACUCCCGAAGUAUUGUGCAAAGCAGCCAACUACUAAAGCAGAAAUGCUGAGUAAGGUCAUCAAAGAGUACGAAGAUCAGUUCCCUGAGAUCUUAAGCCUAGCCUCUGACUUCAUGCAGCUCCUCUUUGGCAUUGAUGUGGAGGAAGUGGACCCCAGUACCCACACCUAUGUCCUGGUCACCACUUUGGGGCUCACAUAUGAUGGGAUGGUGUCCAGUGGACAAUCCAUGCCCAACACUGGCCUCCUGGUCAUUGUCCUGAGAUUCAUCCUUGCAGAGGGCGACUGUGCCUCUGAGGAGGAAGUCUGGGAAGCCCUGAAUGUCAUGGGUGUGCAUGAUGGGAAGGAGCAUUGGAUCUAUGGGGAGCCCAGGGAGCUCCUCACCAAAGUUUGGGUGCAGGAAGGGUACCUGGAAUACCAGCAGGUGCCCAACAGCGAUCCUGCUCGCUACCAGUUUCUGUGGGGCCCCAGGGCCCACGCUGAGACCACCGAGUUGAAAGUCCGUGAGGCUUUUCUCAGGGAUUAUAGAAAGGAUCCCAGUUAUGUCCCAUACCUGUCUGAAGAAGCUAUAAGUGAUGAGGAAGAGGGGGCCUGA